CCUCUACACACGCCUAUCUGCAAUACUCAUCACAGGCCGUUCUCAGUUACACGACGAAGUCGUCAACUAGGAAGUCGCCAGGUUCCGCCUCCACCGUAGGGUUUUACAUUUCUUAAAUCUUAAUCCCUGCUUGGUUUCGCUUGGUCUCUGCCAUGGGGUACGUACAAGAGGCCAGAGAAAGCCGCGUCAAGAAGAAGGUGGAAGAAGCUUUACGCAGCAAAAUGAAGCAAAAGGCACUGAAGGAGUGUGAUCAUCUGUGUGCAAAGUAUGCUGAAUGUGCUGCCGGAAGAACUUUUUCUAUAGUUUGGCACUGUAGGAAAGCAGCUAAAGAGUUGAAUGAAUGCCUUCAUCAAUACACCAAUGACACAAUCCUGGAAGAAAUGAAGAAAAGCUACGUCCUCGAACAAGAAAGCAAAGUCCAAAAUAAGAUCUAAGCAUAUUUCUGCAUUCAUCCAAGGGAAUUCUCAGAGGAUAAUUGAGGUUCAAUUUGUGUCAUGCUGUUUUUGCUGGCUAAUUUGGUGAUGUACGGAAGAAUUGCAUUGAUGCAGAACUAUCUGCUGAUUUGCACCUACAAUGUUGAAAAUGAAAAUUUGCUUUCAACAUCCUCUUGCUGAUUCUUUCCUCAGCAAAAUAUUUUAAUAAGUUUGUAUUUUACAGACAUUUUCUGACCUUCGAUAAAGUUCAGCUCCAAGAUACAUUCAUGCUGAAGGCCUAAAAAUUUCGAAGUAUGUUGUCUGACUUUUGAGAUGACCAGGUAAUACUAUUUCUUUCUUUUUGGUUU